AUGGCGGUGAAUUUUGGAGACCACGCCAGCGGGUUCCGCCACAGUGAUGUGAUCAGGUUCAUAAACGAUGAAGUCCUCAGGGAUGGCAGCGGCCCAGCCUUUUAUGUGGCCUUCCGCUCGCGGCCGUGGAACGAGGUAGAGGACGGGCUUCGGGCCGUUGUGGCCGACCCGAACGUGCCGCGGUCCAUUAAGAGGGCCUGCACCUGGAGCGCGUUGGCUUUGAGUGUGCGAGCGGCCGUGAGGCAACGGGAGCAGCUGCUGUACCAGGUUCGGCGGCUGCAAGGGCAUGUGGAGGAGCGCCAGGCGGCCUCCUGGGCUCUGACCUCCCAGCUGGAGCAGCUGCGCCUGGAGCGUGAGGCGGCGGCCACACAGCUGCACUUCACGCAGUCCGCUCUGCAGCAGGCGCUGAAUGAGCGUGAUGGGCUGUACGGGAGGCUGCUCCAGGUUGAGAGAUUUCCCCAGGCUGCUCCACUGGCCCGUGAAAUAAUGGCUGGGCCGCAAACAGAGCAGCAUGGGGCUGUGGCAUGGCCCCUGGCUACAGAGCAGCAGAGAGGGACGGUGGCCAUGGGGCCACAUGCUAAUGCCCAGACGCCAACCCUGACAGAUGUUCUUUGUGUGCCAGAACCCCUGAGUGCCUGGGCCGAGGCCAGGCAGUCUCCUCUGCCAGUGCCAGUGCCAGAUCCAUUCCCGUGCCCACCAUCAUUUUCAAUGGAAGUCCCAUUCUUGCCAGCUCUACCACCUGCUGUAGACAUGGGAGCAGAAGCAGCAGCAGUCCCACUUCAGAUGCCUCCUCCUGGGAUCCACCCACCUUGCCAGUGGCCUGCAGUGGACUUCCAGGAGGAGGUGGCCCCUCUGUGGUACCAGAGAAGCUGCAUUCAGGAGGAAGGUUCUGAGAUCCUACAGGGGUCAUUCCCUUUAGGAGACAGCAGAAGCCACAGCCAGGGAGAAGAUUCAGAGAGGUCCCAAGGAAUGCCCCUCCCUGGGGACAGUGGGCGCCAAAACCAAGAGGAAGAUUCAGAGAGGCCCCAGGGGACAGCCCCACUGUGGAGCCACAGAAGCCACUUGCAGGAAAAAGGUACAGAAAGACCCCAGGGGCCCAGAAAGACACAAAAUCAGAAAGAAGGUCCAAAGAGGGCCCAGACGAGGCCCACCAUGCUGUUUAGAAGGAGCCACAAACUAGAAGGUCCAGAGAGGCCCCAGGGGACUGUCCCCAGGGGAGACAGCAGAAGCUACAGCCAGGAAGGAAGUUCAGAGAGGGCCCAGGGGAUGGCCACCCUGGUGGUUAUCAAAAGAAGCAAACCAGAAGGUCAAAAGAAGCCCCAGGGGACUGUCCGCCUGGGGGGCAGCGAAAGUCAUAUCAAGGAAGAAGGUCCAGAGACGUCCCAGGGGACUGUCCCCCAGGGAGACAGCAGAAGCUACAGCCAGGACGGAAACCCAGAGGGGGCCCAGGGGAUGGCCACCCUGGUGUUCAGCAGGAGCUGCAAACCAGAAGAAGGUCCAGAGAGGCCCCAGGACACUCCCCUGGGGGUCAGCAGGAGCCAUGGUGUCAGAGAAAGCCCAAAGAAGCAGCAGCCUGAGGGGCAGAAGGCCAAGCAACCAAAAGUGAAUAAAGUCUCAGGAUCCCAGCAACGGGAGAAGUGUGCCUCAUUGGCAAUUCCAGCGAAUUGGAAAUGUCCAUGUAAAGCCAUGAAUUUUUCAUGGCGUCCGGCCUGCUAUAAAUGCAAGAACGUCCGUGUGCCAUUUGAGAGUGGAGGACAAACUCACUGAU